AUGGCUGCUCUCAUCGCCGUAUCUACAAACUUUUUCAACCUCGCCGUUGGCCCCCCACUGGCCUUCGUCGGAGGUGCCAUCUGCAACGCCGUGCUCAAUUUCAUUCCCGCCCUUCCCAAACAAGUGGGAUUGAGCGUCGGACUUCAACGCGUCGUUGGUAUCGCUGGUGUUGCCAGCGUUAUCUCACUCGACGCCGGCUUCCGUUACUACAAGGAAGUUGGCAUCGCCCCAGUCAACUAUGCUGCCGCCGAAGCUCCUUCGGCGGACUCUUCUGGCAGCCUUACUACCCAAUCCGCCAUCGACGCGCAGACUCAAGGGGUGCCAGCUGUGCAAGCUGCCACCUCUGCUGCAGGAGAGGCAUCGGCACCGGACACUGGGGCUUCAGGUAACAACAAUGGCGAGGAUGACAACGAUACUCCCCAUAACGGCGAUGGUUCACAAAUUGGCAAAGGCGAUGCAAAGGGUGAAUCUUCUCCCAACCGCAAAGGCGGGGAGCCAGUAAAUGCACCACCACCCCCGCCACCCCCGCCACCACCCUCGCCUGGUUCUGAGGUCAAUGACGACCCAACCCCGCUGUCGGUUUUCAAGCUAUGGCUACUCCUUCUAUUGGCGUCGAUCCCGAUGGGCAUUGCAGCCAUCAUAUACCGGCUUCGACUAAAGGCAAGAAAGGCGAAGAACAAGGGCAGAAGGAAACCCAUCAAGCUUCUCAAGAACGCGUGCCCAGUCUUCGCGUUCCCCACCGGCCAGUGCCCAGUUGGCGGGCCCGAUACAUUCACCAAAGCCAUUAUCCCGCCUCCCAAAGAGGUACUCACUAUCAAACCUCAAGUUGAAGAAGUGGCAUUGGGUCCUUCGCCAGAGCCCGCAGUAUUCAAUGAAACAGCUUCCCCUGUAGAAGAAGAGGUUCAGUCUUUCGCCUCUAAACCUUCAGAAACUGUCAGCCCCACUCUGAAGAAGAGGUUUGAGUCCACUACGUCAAGAAUGCCAUACCGAUCUCCAACCAACAUCGCCUUCCGUAUCCUCAGUGAUAUUGUCUACCGCAUUUUUCUUAUUUUCUACAUCCUCCUCAUCGAAAACUUCCUGUUCACCCUCUGCACCAUACUUGUUAUGUCCGUGAUGUCAUUCUUGCACAAAAACGGACUCGCGUUCGGCUGUGGGACAAAGGUUGACAAGAAAAAGACUUUCGUCCCCGCGGCUUUCCUUGAUGGCAAGGAUGACGAUGAAGACAAGAACGUCGACGAGGGUGCUGUAGACCUCAUGUCCACACUUUCCACCAGCACCGAGGUCGCGGGAAUCGAACGGGACACAUUCUACAACACCAGCUUCGAGGCCAACCUCCCUUCUCAGCCCGACGAACACCCCGAACCCUCCCUCGAGCUCUCUCGUCUCGAUUUCGACGAGCACUCCUUCGUCCGAAGGCAGCUUCGCCUCUGGGGAUUCACCGUGCUCGAUGGGGUCGUCGUCGAAGGAUUCGAAGAGGAGUCAACCGCUUUUAUCGAGGAGGUGAAUGAUCUGUUGGAGUUAGGUGGAUUGAUGCAGGAUAACAGGUCGGGCAUCUCUGAUGGUCCUACCCUUACCGCGGACAUCUUGGAGGGGCCAACCGAGACGACACUCGUUGGGUCCCUGGAGGAUAUUGUGGCCGAGGAAGUUACCCAGCCGAUUGCACCCCUUGCACCCCUUGCACCCCUCGCCUCUCAGGAGGACCUCUGGACUGACAACGAUACCACCAGCUCCAUCGACAUUCUCACCCCCGUCGAGGAAGUCUCAAGCACCCUCGAGCAGGCCGAUGGUGAAGUCGAAAUCGAGGCGCGCCCUAACGCGGACAUCGAGGCCGUCGUCGACGAAGACAGCGAGGACAUUCUCGCGGGCCUUGACCGAGUUGUCGAGGAGCACCCUGUCGCUGUCGUUCCCCGCGAGGAGGAAGAGGAUGACCAGGAUAUCCUCGCAGGUCUUGACCCAGUCAACAACAAGGUCGGCGGCGGCGUUCCACCUUGCGAGGAGGAGGAGCACGGUCAGGUUGUCGCUGCCCUGGAUGAGGUCAUUCGGGAGGUUAUUGAAGAGGAGCCGACGGUCGGCACUCUUGUUGUGUAUACUCCCUUGAGGAUCACAAUGGUUGAAGCCAGCGAGGUCGGUGAGCCUGAGGGAUCGGUCGGUGCGCCCGAGGGAUCUUUGCCCUCUAAUACUUGCACCACGAUGGUGGUUUGGCGCCCCUUGCAAGACCCCGCCCAUCAUCAAGCUGGGGUUUCCGUCUCACAGAUUGAGCUCCGAGAUGGAUGUCGCGUCCGCCGCCGCAAGCGUUGCCGUCCCAAGAAGAAGAUUCAACCCCCGGCCAAGCCUGAGCCCACUCAAGAUGACUCCCAGGCUCAGCCUCAGCCCACUGUGGAUGACGCCACUGUGGAAGACUCCCAGGCCCAGCCUCAGCCCACAGUGGAUGACUCCCAGGCCCAGCCUCAGUCUACUGAAGACAACUAA